UCUUUUCUUGGCCUUGGACUGGAGAAAACUGCAAAGCAUGCAGUUGAAAAUUAGGAAUUUAGGACUACUAGGAGAGAUAUUCACAGAUUCCACAUCUGUGUAUAAAACCCCACAAAAAUUCACUCUUGUAGAGAGAUAUAAGGCAAAAAAAUGGCAGGUUUAUUCGACAAGCAGGUAGAUGAUUAAUUGGUGGCAAGGCCAACUUAUCCCAAGGAAUGGUUUUCAAUGUUGGCAGCUCUUACCCCGCAACACUCUUUAGCUUGGGACGUGGGCACCGGCAAUGGCCAAGCUGCUUUCUCCCUUGGAGAGCAUUAUGAGCAAGUGAUAGGAACUGAUAUAAGUGAGUCCCAACUGAAGCAGGCACUUCAACAUCCUCAAGUUCGUUACAUUCACACUCCGGUCUCCAUGUCUGAUGACGAAUUGGUUGCGUUAUUAGGGGGUGAGAAUUCAGUUGAUUUGGUAACCGUGGCAGAGGCCGUGCACUGGUUUGACCUCCCAAAGUUCUACUCACUCGUGAAGCGAGUUCUGCGUAAACCAGGAGGCAUAAUCGCUGUUUGGGGCUACAAUGCUAGUGUGACAAGCCCUACGCUUGAUGGUGUAGUUAAGCGUUUUUAUGAAACAUCUAAACCCUUUUGGGACCGGAAGAGGCAGUACUUAUGGGAAGGUUAUAGGACACUUCCAUUUCCAUUUCAAAGUGUUGGUUUGGGUUCUGAGGGUGAGCCUCUGCCACUAGACAUACCAAAGGAAAUGUCAUUUGAAGGGGUCUUAAGGAUGUUAAGAUCCUCCUCCGCAGUCACUGCAGCUAAGGGUCAAGGUGUGGAUUUGUUAUCAAAAGAGGUUAUUGAAGAGCUUGAAACUGCUUGGGGUGGGGUUGAUUUGGUCAGAACUCUUACUUACAAGGCUUUUAUGCUUGCUGGAAAAGUUUGAGGGGUAAUCUUUUUCUAUUGGGGUACAUGUAUAAUAUAUGCUCAAUUUCAGACCAAAUAAUUCUCUGUUCAAAAAGAAUUAUACAGAUUAUUGUGGGGUUAUUACCAUUUUAUAGUUUUAUAAGGAUAGUUGUCCCUCUGUAACUGUUGUCGAUGCAUUGACAUCAUGUCAAGACACUCAAGUCUUGUAAGAAUAAAAGGUUGCAGAAAAUCCAAUAUUUUC